AUGGGAAGAGGUCCCACAGGCAAAUGGGAAUGGCAUGACUUGGUACCAAAGGAGAUUAGAAAUAACGUCACAAAGCAAGAGUCACAGCGUCAGGCGAUCAUUUGGGAGUUGAUUAAGGGAGAAAUGGUAUAUGUCAAGGAUUUAGAAACCAUCGAUACCUUGUUCAUUCGGCCCUUGCGAGAGUCGGAGAUCAUCCCCCCGGAUCGUUUACCCUCAUUCUUGCAAGAUGUUUUCCACAACUUUGCUGAGAUACAUGGACACCACAGGCGUAUGCUGGAGCGUUUGCACGAAAUUCAACGAGAGGAGCAUCCUUUCAUUCGAAGCAUCACAGCACCAGUUUUUGAUGCAGCGCUCAAUUGGAGGGAUGCUUAUUUGGA